AUGUAAACAGCUUCUUCAUUCCAACCGCUAACUUGCAACUGUGACAACGACACAUUGCUUCGUUCUUAAUCGGAAUCAAAGUGUCGAAGAAACUAGAAUUAUCAGAAACCAUAUUCGCGAGCGAACACAACCUCUGGAGUUUUGUUGUUGUGAAUAUUGAUUGUCAUUAGAAAGUGUGAUAUGAAAUCUGUUCGACGGUUGUACAAAAGCAGUUUAGUUCUACAAUUUUCACCAAAACCCACGUGUACGGGUGAAUAGUGAGGUGCAACAAAAACUUGCGCCUCCUGCCCAUUUCAAACGAGUAGUGCAACAUUCUUGUUGCGUUUGCGGGACACUCACGCAUCGUGCGACCUUCGUGUAAUUGAUGUGGUGAAGGAGGAGGAGUAACAGGAGGAACUCACCCACACAAUCGUUUUUUUUUCGUAGGAGCAGCAAACCGCAUCGCAAUCGCAGCCGCAGAGCAGAGAGUUAGUGAAAAAUGAAAAUAAAACUAUCAAAACAGUACGAAAUGAAAUUUUGUUGAGUGAGGACGAAAAAUUCUGCCCUUCUCCGCGAAUAGUGCCUGAUGCGGGCAUGCAGGAAGUGCAACGGCGGAAGCGAACGCUGAAGUGAACAAUCAAGUGUGUAGAGAAGAAAGUGAAGGGCGAAGAGAAAAUUAGCGAUUCAGUGGUAGAAAUAUUGUCGGAAAGAUAUAAACAAUAAACUUGUGAUACUGUUAGUUAACACAAUGAAAAUGUCUCGUGAUUAGAAAAAAAACUAUCGUGAUUUAAAAAAAAUCAGUAAAUAACAUAGCAAAAUUCUCUAAGCGACCCUAAAAUCUAACUCACCUCGCACAGCUUAAUUUUUGGAUUGUAAAUCAUCACACGAACAAGGCAUUUGGGAUCGCCUAUUUUGUAGAAAAAACAACAAUUUUCCACUAUUUGCAAUAAUCGUUUCGGACCCGCUGUGCUUGAGGUUAUCAAAAUUUUUAAAUUGCUCAAACAAUUCCUUCAAUUUUGAAUAUUGAAAGGAAACUAAAACAUACAUAGUAAGUGCGACACAAACGAACUCCAAUACUUGCGUGUGAACUUCGAGAGUAAAGCAAACUUUCGUGAUUAUGAACAACGGCCUCGGAGCUGCAGAAAUCAAAAGACUUAUCGAGAUCAUCUAAACAACACGACAUAGAAAAGAAUCACCAAUUACAUUCGAGCAAGCCGUAAAACAUCAACAAUUCUUCAACAUGGGUAGCAGCGAUGCACAGACAUAUUGUCUACGAUGGAACAACCACAAGUCAAACUUGGUGGAGAUUUUGGAUGCGCUGAGCAAGAUGGAGUGCUACGUAGACUGCACCAUUUAUGUGGACGAACAGGUCCAAUUCAAGGCGCAUCGUGUGGUACUAGCGGCCAAUUCUCCGUAUUUCCAGUCAAUUUUACAGGACGUUCCUAUGGACCAUUGCAGCAUAUUGUUUCCAGGUGUACAAGAGUUUGAAAUGCGUGCCAUACUUGAGUACAUGUACACCGGAGAGGUAAACGUUACUCAAGCUCAAAUUGAACCUAUAAUGGAAAUCGCGAAACAACUGGAAGUUAAGGGAUUGUUUGAUAUGGAUGAUAUUCACGGACGAUUUAAGAAGAUGGUAAUUGAACGGGAGCGUGAUUCGGUGUAUCCAAGCAAUAACAACUACAGCACCAAACCGCAGCCACCAAACAAUAAUGAACAAUCACCUCCAGUCAUCUCGACCUCUACGAACAUCUCAAUUGCUCAAAGCAGUUCCUCACCGCCGUAUACGUACAAAUCACCAUACACUAGCCUUUAUUCUCGCACCAGUCCUACUGCUAUCGAACGUGACAGAAGUCGGGAACGUCACCACGAAGAACAUGAACAUGGAGAGCGCUCAGCAUCUUUCGUCCACUCUCCAUCUCACCCAACAUAUUCCCACCACAAUGAGUCUCCGCUUGACGAACAAAGACAAACUCCUUCUGCUUCAUCAUCCUCGUCCCAGCCCACUUCGCAAAAUCUCCGAUGGUCCCUUCCGGGUCAGAUUCCAGUCACCCUACACCAACCCCAACUUCACAAUAUGCUCAGCUCAGUGUAUGAUUCUAGUGCAGAUAUGAAUCCACUGAAGCGCAAAAAACUCCAAUCGAUGUCAACUAUGCUUCGCGAUACUCCGAUUCUUCGUAACGUUCUUGCUCAAUCGAACCCGGCUGAUUCAUCACAAUCGACAUCAUCACCGUUAUCACUUCAUCCUAUUCCAGGAUUGAAAUCAGAAACCUCUGCUACUAGCGCUGCUACCGGACACCAUCAUGCCUCGAAUCCAAGCAGUACCCAUCACUCCAACGGCGGAGGAUACAAGCACAUAAAAGAACCGCUAUCACCUUAUGCAGAUAAAUCCUACGACGAUGAAGCGUUAAUGGAGUCUCGGCUUAACUACAGCGCUGACGACGCCCGACUUGCGUCAUACGUACCCCACCAACAACAAAAACCUGAAUGGAAGCGGUACAAGCAAUACACUCGCACGGAUAUUCACAAUGCAAUCGAAUGUGUACGUAACGGAAUGAGUGCAUUGCAGGCUGCUCGCAGAUAUGGCGUUCCUUCGCGAACCCUUUACGACAAGGUGAAAAAGAUGGGUAUUACCACCGGGCGACCGAUGAAUCGAGCAAUUAAACGUAGUCCCAGUUCCGGAGGCAGUCCAGCACCAUUUCCUUAUGGACUAAGCGGUGCCUCGCAUAUGUUUGGUACGGGACAUCCCGGAGAACAGCAGAUGCAAUCACAAUCUCAGCAUCAGCUGGGUGACGAAGAUAAGCCAAGAAUGAUUAAGAUGGAGCAUUCAGGACAUCAUUUGCCACCGACGAUUCCACACCCAGCAGCUGCAUUGCUUGACCCGUCAUUCCUACAACAGGCAGCUGGGCGAGAAGCUCUCCAUGCGAUGGCAAUUGCAGCAGCUGCCCAUGCUGCCGUCAACGGUAUUAACACAUCGCCAGGCAAUCACGGCACUCGUUCGCCAAGUCCUAAUGUUCUAAUGAAGUACAUGCGAUCUGUAUCCAUGGGAUCUCCAGACGAUCGUGACCUACGUCGGGAAUCUUCUGAAGGCGAUCGCCAUCAUCGCAGCAAUGGAUCUGAAACUUACGACCGAUUGGAACGCGAUUCAAUGGAACACGAAGACCAUCGAGAUAUCAGUGGUGAGUGUGAUGACAUUGUAGAAGAUCUGUCGAUGACACGGCGAGGACCAGAUUCUGAUCGAGAGUCAAUUUCACCCCAACCGAUGCCUAGCCACCAACAUCUCCACCUUCCAUUACCCCCUCAAAUACCGCCACAGCAGCCAGGUGUGAUUGUUCCCGCUCCAAGUAAAAUCAAAGAAGACUACAAUCCCAUCCCAAUCAAGCGGGAAAUCCCAGCCGACAGCAAUGCUCCUAUGGAGUAAUCGAAAAGUGUCAUAUUGGAAUCCAACUAUUGUUUUUUUCUCCUCUAGCUGCAGAAGAGAAUAUCUUCGUACUAUUAUGUUUCCUUAUACCAUCAAGGCAGAGAAAAUCUUCCUUGAAGAUUCUUUCUGCAUACUGUGAAACGUGUAUUUUCUUUUUCUAAAAAAUAGCAAACUAGUUUCUUUUUGUUUGUUUUAUUUUUCAUUCAAUUAUUUAAAAAAAAUAAAACGAAAAGACAUGUGAAAGCUCAAAAGUAAGAAACUAUGAAUGUUACCAAUUAAGUUACAUCACAAAAAAUGAAGCCGCGCAACAUGAGUUACCUUAAAAUAACCUGAAAGCAAUCCCACCAAUAAUUUUUGUAUUAAAUUUGCAUAUUUAUUAAAUUCAUUAACAAAUCGAAUGGAUAUAUCGCACUAAUGUAUCCUUUCUAGCUGCGUGAUUCUAUUUUUAAAAGCGAAUCUCAUUACGAGAACAAUUUCAGCAAUCAACCCUUGGUGAGACCAAUCAAUCUACCCUCUACCUACAAUAGACUGAUUUGUAAGAAUGUUAAACAGUUUAAAUGCGAACAACAAAGACACACACACUAUCCAUCAAACGCAGUUGUUUAUUGUAUUAGUGAACUCAUGAACCAGUUAAAUGAACCGAGGUGCAAUAUUGAAAAACUUUUUUACUACAGAGGACUCUAUUUUGCCUUAUAUAUUUUGCGUAAGUUAAAUCGUUUGCAUGCGUACAUGUUUUAUGUUACUUUUCAUUUUUUUUUAAUUCUGUACUAUAAUCUUUUACAACGGAGAGUAGAAAUCAUAUCAAAUUCCGUACUAGAUUCAUUUUUGUUUUCUGUUUAGUAACGAAAUUGAAAAUAUAUCAUUGUAAAUAUCUCUAUAAAGCUGGUAUUUUCAAUUAUGUUAGAUAAACAAACUGCCACAUCUGUACUAUUAUUGUAGGGCUUUCAAAUUUACUAACGGUAUGUUUUGUCGAAUCAAUCAUUUUUCCGUAUUUUAUGAUAUUGAUUAAGUAAUUUUUUGUUGAAAUAUCACCAACAAGUGCCUGUAUUUAAUGUAUUUAAAAUAACCUCUUUACGUUAUCAUUUUCUGAGCAAAAUUAUUUUCACAAUUCUAAGUGUUAAGUUGCCGGGCCAUACCUCAAUUAAAAUAAUGAAAAAGAAUCGAAGAGAAACAUGCAAAUCAAACAUUAGGACACAGUCGUCAACUUUAAAUGUGUUGUUAGUAUGGUACGUAGUUGUGGAUUUGACGUUAGUGUAUGAACUAGACUAGAGAUAUAAUGUGUUUAGUAAUGAAUGCCAUAUUUGAGUAGAAAAAAAAAAUCAAAACCUCCUUCAAGAGGAUUAGAUUGCUCUUUUCAUUUUUUUUUCUUCAUUAAACCAAGACUGAAUAGACAAGAAUAUGUUACGAAAUCAGGUGAACGAAGCAAAUAAAGUCUAGAUAUGUAGAGGUAAAUUAUAACGUAGUAUCAGGAACUAAGAUUGCACACGCACCUCUAGAUUGUAUGAAUAAUUUCGUUUGAAGGCUAAGUUGCUCAUGCUACUACUUUAGCGACUUUCGUUUUUGUUUUAUUUUUAUUUUGACUAAAUUUUGUAAGACUGAUUUGGACUUUUAUCGUUUCUCUAUAAAGCCUACUCAUUACUUAGAUAUUUAUUCGCGGAAAUGAAAACAGGCAAACUGGCAGCGCAGAGUUAAAACGAUACACCUAUUUCGAGACUUAGGAUAGAUAAGUCAUUCAAUGCUCAGAGAACGUAAAACUGAACUGAAAAUAGUGCUGGGGCGAUGCAAUACUACAAAAGAACAUUUUCUGAAAUGAAAAACAAUCACACGUACAUUGCCAGAGCCAAUAGCAGUUAGAAGAAAAAAAGGAAAAUCACAAAUACCUGCUCUUCAACAAAAAAAAAACAAAAAAUGUAAAUUUCAAAAAAGGAAAGUGCUUAGUUAAUUACUACAAUUGUGUUUAUUCCCAUUAGAAAAGCAAAAUGUAUAUGUUUAAUUACUAUUAGAAAUAGGGAAGCAAAUAAGAUUAUAAUCAAAAAUACAAACAAGUUCCAAACACAACCUAAUCGUUGCCUAGAUGUUAGAUUUGAUUUUUGCGAAAGCAAAUCAGAUGGAAAAAAACGAAGUUUAGAUGAUGCAAGUUAUGAAAAAUGUAAUGCGAAUAUUUUUCGUUUUGGAAAAAUUUUUGUAUUCUGUAGAUUAAAAACAACAACCCUCGAUGAGUUAACUUUAUAUUGAAUGUAUAGCAGAAAGAACAUAAAAUAAAAAAAAUUAUUGCAAAUUAUUUCUAUAAGAGUAACUUAAUAUUCAUAUCCGAUUGCAUGGCCAAAUCUCAACUGUAAACUGAACUAAACUGUAAAGUUCUUUUUACAAUCUCAGGAAAACAUACUAAUGCUUGAAGAAUCUUCAUU